AACACAUCUCCAGAGGACAUCACUGUCAACUACCCUACCUUGGCCUUCCGAGCUGCACCUCCGCUUCCCUGUUCUUCAACCAGCCCUCCAGGGUCCUAUGAGUCUGUGGGGAUGUUUCAGCUCUGGAGCAAUGAGGUGCCAUCAUGCCCUCAUACAGCCGGGGCUUUUGGACGACCCAAGAUGCCAUAUCAUGGGCAGAUGGUGGUCAGCAAUGGCAGUGCCUCAGCCUCAGCCCAUGAACUGCCGCUGACGCCGCCAGCUGAGGCCAUCUACUCCUUGGAGUGGUCACCCGUCAAGAUGUUGGCGCCCACAGUGCAUCCCUCAUACACUUUCCCGGAAGCCCAGGACUCCUCCAGUUUUCUGCAAGGUCCAUGGCCUUUGGGUCCAGCUGCUCCUCCAGGCACCCCCUCCACUGAUGAUGCCCCUUGGUGGACCCUGCAGCAGCCAAGCAAUUUCCCUCUGGGACAUCCACUAGUCCUCAGCCCCCAGCCGCCCCUUGCACCCUUCCUGCAGAGCCCUCCCAAGGGGCUGCUGAGCACAGCUCGCCGCUGCCGGCGCUGCAAAUGUCCCAAUUGUCAGGAAGCCGGUAGGCCCCAUGAGGAGCCGGGCAGGAAGAAGCAACAUGUCUGCCAUCUGCCAGGAUGUGGCAAGGUCUAUGGCAAAACCUCUCACUUGAAGGCCCACCUCCGCUGGCAUGCGGGUGAGCGCCCCUUCAUUUGCUCCUGGCUGUACUGUGGGAAGAGCUUCACUCGCUCAGAUGAGUUGCAAAGGCACCUUCGGACGCAUACGGGGGAGAAGCGUUUUGGCUGCCAGCUGUGCCCCAAGAGGUUUAUGCGGAGUGACCACCUGGCAAAGCAUGUCAAGACCCACCAGGGAAAGCGGGUGCGGAAUGUGGCUGUUGUGGCAGCAGCAGCAGUGGGCAUCAAGCGAGAGUGA